ACUCCUAAAUAAUAGGCACAUCCAACCGUCAGAUCCGCAUCCAACGGCUGAGAUCCCCGCCGCCGCGGCGUGGGAGUCAUCACACUAGACUAGUACACUAGGCUAGCCGCCUCGACCGAACCCCUCCACUCUCUUCCGCCUCCGCCUCCGCCUCGCCGCCGCCGCCGCCGACGACGACCUCCACCUCUCCACGCCGCCGUCUGCGAUGCAGGCCCGCGUCGUCGUCUUCCCCGUCAAGGGAAGGGCCUGGUGCUUCGCCAGCCCGCGCGCCACCGCGCCCGCCGCCGCUUGCGGGGGCGGCGAUGGGGGCGCCCUACUACCCCCACCGCCGCCAACCGUCAAGGACCUCUGGCGCGGCAUCGCCGGCGGGGGCCGCACGGCGUCGGAGAACGCGGAGGCCGUCGUCGACUUCGUCGCGGACAAGAUGAACCGGGCGUGGAUCGGGUUCGGGAGCGCGCCGGAGGGGUCGAUGAAGAACCGGAUCCACAGCUUCGGGCUGAAGCUGCUCUCGCGGGUGCGGCCGUCGGAGGUGCUGCUCAAGUCGGUGACCAAGGACGUCUCCCUACUCGAGAUCGUGCAUCCGGCAAGUAUAAAUCCUCGUCUUGUGCGUCGACGGUUGCGGCAUAUUGCUGUCAGGGGUGCAUCAGUUCACAGGAAAUUUCUUUAUGGCUCAGUUUGUUUGCUUCCAGUUACAAGUGUUUUCAUGGUACUGCCUUUGCCAAACAUACCAUUUUUCUGGGUGCUGUUUCGUGCUUAUUCUCAUUGGAGAGCUCUGCAGGGAAGUGAGAGGCUCCAGUUGUUAGUUUCUGACAGCUCAGAUCAAUGGAAAAUCCUUCUUGAGAAGCAGAAAGAGAUGAGUUCCAGAAAGGAUGGCAACCCUUGUGAAAACACUCAAUAUGCUCCUUGGAAUUUGCAGCCUUCGAAGAAGCUUGAUGGGUUCCUUGAGAGCAGAAAAUUGAAUGAAGGAUUGGAUUGUGAUACCAUUUCGAGGAUUUGUCAGGCAUAUGAUUUGGACAAGAUUGAUGUUCUGAAGUACAGGGAUUUGGAGUAACCACAUCCAGUUUCUUGGCUGCCGUGGUGAUUUUUUUGCCAGCUAAUGUUUGUGUGGUAGAAAUGAAUUCCGUCGUGGAGAACUAGCUGAACUGCUGAAGGGUACACGAGUGACACGAGACUUCCAAAAUUAGUGACUAAUGCAGAUUUUUUUUUUUUGCAAGGGAUUUGGAGUAGUAGCAUUACAAUUCACAAGUUUUGUUGUUCCUCAGUCUGCUGCUGGUUUACAAGGCAGAAAAACAGACAGGACCUAAAACUGUAGUGCCCAUGGUGACAUCUAAUUCUGUACCCACCAUGUAAAUAGAGGUGGAGGCAUCCUUUCCCCACUAGCAUUUUCUUUGGUUUCAGCACCACUCAGUAGUCAGUACUCUGUAAGGAGAUUUGCUUCAAUGGAUUUUGCAGCUGCUAUAACUUCUGAAGUCAAAAGUUGUGACUGGAUUUUGCAGCUAAC